AUGGCAAGAACCGUGAUCCGCACCACUUUCUCCCCCCGUCGAAUGGCACUGUCGAUCGUUGUCCUUGUCGUUGCCACAACCAUGUUUCAGCCGGAACGGAAUGGAGUGACAGCCUUCAGUCCUCGCGUACCGACACAUCGGUUCGCCUCUCGCACCCUUUCGACGAGUACAUCCUCCUCUACCUCGUCCUUCCUUCGAUCCUCUCCGCUGUUUGGUAGCAGCAUUGACGAUGGCAUGUUACUCCGCGAUGAAUGCAUUAUCACUCCCGAAGGCUACGGCUUUUCGUGUCCAACAUCUCGUAUUCUCAAAGAAUCCGGACGGGGCCAAGGUUUCUACAAAGCCUCAGCAUCGGAAUCCGUCAUUGAUGUCAUGGAAGCCAUCACAUCGGGGACUUCCGACGUCGCCUUGGUAUUUCAAGGUGACGAACUAUUGGGACUCUUCACCGAAGCCGAUUACAUCAAGUUCGCACAAGCACGGGCCUUGGCGUCCAGUACGGAACAACAAUCUGCCGAAUUCCUCGUCGCCAAUGUAAGGGACUAUAUCACUCCGGCACAAGAUCUCAUUGCCCUUUCGACGCAAGAUACGGCCAACGUGGCCGUAGCUGCCAUGAAACAGGCCGCCGUUCGUCACUUGAUUCUAGCCGAUACUGUGUCAUCCGAUCGCAAACUUGUUUCUUCCAGCCAGGUACAAGGCGUCAUUUCCAUGCAGGACGUCAUGUCGGUGAUUCAAAAAGAUGAGCGCCUUUCACUUCAGUCGCUGGCCAAAAAAUACCCCAACAUUCAGAAUCCC